UACAGAAACGUGCGUGUUGACGUCAUUUUUAACAUGGCGGCGAUGUUGGCUGUAACUUAAACGCAGAAAAAGGUCAAAAUUUAUCCCAUGUCCAGGAGUCCACGCAAAGGGAAAGUUAAGACGCCUUUAAUAUUAACGAUUCAGAAGUCUGUUAGCAGCCCAGACUCAGCCUGAACAAUAUGGCUUUUCUUGGGAAUCUGAAGCCGAUGCUGUCUUCAGUCUUGCAAGCCUCCCAGUGUGUACUGCCCUGGUAUGGACCUCUCUUAACCAGGACCAUGGCUACACUUAAUCAGAUGCAUCGCCAGGGAAAACCAUCCCCACCCAAAAAGCUUGGUGCCACAUUUGGUCGGCCGCAGCUGAAGGCCGUAGUGCUGAAGACCAUGAUCAGGAAGCCCAAAAAGCCCAACUCGGCCAACCGUAAAUGUGCACGGGUUCGUCUCUCCAAUGGCAAAGAGGCGGUGGUGUUUAUCCCCGGUGAAGGACACAAUCUUCAGGAGCACAAUGUUGUGUUGAUACAAGGGGGUAGGACACAGGAUCUGCCAGGUGUCAAGCUCACAGUAGUCAGGGGCAAAUAUGACUGUGCCCAUGUUGUCAAGAAGAAACAGUAAAGCCUGCAAUCAGAUUAAGACUGUCCAAUAUUUUAUCUUCUGAAUUUUUUUUUUGCUUGUUUUCAUGGCAAGCUUUGUUAUUGUUUUUGUCGACAAUAACCAGGCAUCUCUGUUCUUGAUCUAUUUCAUUUGGAGUGUAUAAAUGUUAUUAAUGAUUCAGCAAAAUAAAUCUUGACCGAUUUGUAGUAA